AUGGCAUCUGACAAACAGGCCAACACUGAACACAUCGAAGAGGAACGUACCUCAAAGGAUCUAAAUGACGACCUCUCUACCCAGUCUGACCUACCGGCCAGCAAUGAAGUGCAGGCAGCUCUUGAAAAAGAGCACCAGAUGUCACUCUGGCAAGCGCUGAGCAUCUACCCCAAAGCUGUCGGCUGGUCCAUCCUCCUGUCGUGCGCCAUUAUUAUGGAAGGCUACGAUGUUGUCCUCAUCGGUUCUUUUUAUGCGUUUCCUGCGUUCAAUAAGAAGUACGGAGGUCUCAUGUCCGAUGGGUCAUACGGUCUCUCUGCUUCCUGGCAGGCAGGAUUGACGAAUGCGAUGAGCUGCGGCCAAAUUGUCGGACUGUUUCUUAACGGAAUAGUAUCUGAGCGCUUUGGAUAUCGCAGAACGUUGAUGGCCUGUCUUGCGUCAACGGUUGGCAUCGUUUUCAUUUUAUUCUUCGCGCCGAAUGUCCAAACCCUUGUUGCUGGCGAACUACUCAUGGGCAUCCCUUUGGGUGUGUACCAAACCCUUGUUGUUACUUAUGCAUCCGAGGUGUGUCCUGUCGCGUUGCGGGCAUACCUGACUACCUACGUGAACCUGUGCUGGGUCCUUGGGCAGUUAACCGCCUCGGGCGUGUUAAAAGGCCUCGCUGAUCGAACAGACCAGUGGGCCUACCGCGUACCAUUUGCCAUCCAGUGGGCUUGGCCAGUUCCUAUCUUCAUUGGAGUCUUUCUCGCUCCCGAGAGCCCUUGGUGGUUGAUUCGAAAGGACCGACGGGAAGAUGCUGUAAAGGCUCUGAAAAGACUGACAAGGACCGGGAGUCCAGGAUUUGACGCAGAAGAGACUGUUUCUAUGAUCAUCUACACCAAUGCGCUGGAGAAGCGCGCCGAAACCGGUACUUCAUACCUCGACUGUUUCAAAGGAGUCGACCUGCGACGAACAGAAAUUUCUUGUUGCGCGUGGGCCGCACAAAUUCUCUGCGGCGCUGGCCUGAUGGGCUAUUCCACUGUAUUCUACCAGCGCGCUGGACUCGCCGUGUCUCAAUCCUUCACUAUGUCACUGGUGCAAUAUGCCAUUGGCGUGGUAGGGACCGGGGUUUCAUGGACUCUGAUGAUGUACCUCGGCCGUCGCACGCUCUACAUCGGCGGACUGGCUGUUCUCGCUGUCGCGCUCCUUGUCAUCGGAUUCGUGUCCAUCGCUCCGUCUACGUCCGCUAUUUCCUGGGCGACUGGCUCGAUGCUGCUAGUAUACACAUUUAUCUAUGAUUCUACAGUUGGCCCGGUCUGUUACUCGCUUGUCUCUGAGAUCCCAUCCUCCCGGCUGCGGACUAAAACGGUAGUCCUCGCCCGAAACGUAUACAAUGUGCUGAACCUGGUAAGCGGGAUCAUCAUCCCUUACAUGUUGAAUGUAGACGCGUGGAACUGGCGGGGAAAGUCCGGGUUUUUCUGGGGCGCGUUGUGCAUUUUGUGUCUAGUUUGGUCGUUCUUUCGACUUCCCGAGCCAAAGGGCCGGUCUUACGCGGAGUUGGAUAUUCUAUUUGAGCGGAGGGUUCGGACACGCGAAUUCCGGACUGCGAAGACUGGAUUAGUUGAUGGAGGUGAGAACGAAAAGGUGACAAAUGUUUGA